AUGCGGCUCACUACAGAGGAGAACAUAGAGCUGGGAAGCAAAGAUCAGGGGACGAUCAAUCCUGCAUUUGGGGUGAAAGACAGUGAUGAACAGCCCCAGCUGACAGUGGACAUUGGGGAUCCACACACAGAGUCCCUGGAGGAGGCCGUGGACAAAGGUUCAGAUCUGGUUUACUCCCUCAACGACAGGCCGCCCUGGUACCUCUGCAUAUUGCUCGGUUUCCAGCAUUACAUCCUGGCGUUCGGGGGCAUCAUCGCGGUCCCCCUGAUCCUGGCCGAGCCCCUCUGCAUAAAGGACAACAACAGCGCCAAAAGCCAGCUCAUCUCCACCAUAUUCUUUGUGUCGGGACUAAGUACACUGCUGCAGACAUCCAUCGGUACAAGGUUACCCAUCCUCCAGGGUGGGACGUUCAGCUUCAUCACUCCAACCCUGGCCAUCCUCGCUCUGCCCAAAUGGCAAUGUCCCGCCCCCAAAGCAUCCAUGAUGCUGGCGGCGCAGAACAGCAGCAGCAGCCCGCUCCAGAUGGACGACUCGGAUGAGGUCUGGAUGACACGAAUGCGUGAGAUCCAGGGAGCCAUCCUCGUGUCGUCUCUCGUCCAGAUUGUCCUGGGUUUCUCCGGGCUGGUGGGUCUGGUGCUGAAAUACAUCGGCCCGCUGGCUAUCGCUCCAACCAUCAACCUCAUCGGCCUGUCCCUGUUCAUCGAAGCUGGGAAAAAGUCCGGAGGUCACUGGGGAAUCGCUGCUCUCACGGUCUGUCUGAUCCUACUGUUCUCGCAGUACCUCAGCAAAGUCGAUGUUCCGAUGAUCGCUUACAAGGAUAAGAAGUGGAAGGUUUUCCAGUAUCCCCUCUUUAAGCUCUUCUCUGCUCUGUUCGGGAUGUGUGGCGCCUGGUUGGUCUGCUUCUUACUGACCAUCUUUGAUGUAUUUCCAUCAAAGUCCGAUGAGUAUGGUUUCUCAGCCAGGACUGACAUCAGCCUGGACGCUGUGACAAACUCCCCCUGGUUCCAUGUACCGUACCCAGGUCAAUGGGGUAUGCCCACAUUUAGUGUGUCUUCAGUGUUGGGUAUGAUGGCGGGCGUCUUGGCGUCCACCAUGGAAUCGAUCGGGGACUACUAUGCUUGUGCACGCUUGUCUGGCGCUCCUCCUCCCCCAACUCACGCCAUAAACCGAGGAAUCGCAGUAGAGGGCAUCGGCUGCGUCCUGGCUGCUCUUUGGGGAACAGGAAACGGGACCACGUCCUACAGCCAGAACAUCGCUGCACUCGGCAUUACCAAGGUUGGCAGCAGACUGGUCCUCCAGACAACCGGACUUCUGAUGAUCGUCCUGGGGAUCUUUGGGAAAUUUGGAGCAGUUUUUAUCACCAUACCAGACCCAGUCAUUGGAGGAAUGUUCCUCGUUAUGUUUGGAAUGAUCGCAGCAGUGGGGAUAUCUAACCUCCAGUACGUGGACCUCAACUCGUCUCGUAACCUCCUCAUCCUCGGCUUCUCCACCUUCAGCGGCCUGGUUCUACCAACCUGGUUUCACUCCAACCCCGGCAUCAUUGACACAGGAAUAAAAGAGCUGGACCAAGUGAUUGUUGUGCUCUUCACCACCCACAUGUUUAUUGGAGGAUUCUUUGGGUUUAUCUUGGACAACACUAUUCCAGGCACUGAAAAAGAGCGAGGUAUAAAAAGCUGGCAGGACAAGGCCCAACAGGGAAACACAAACUUUUGUGACGCAUCAUGCUACGAUAUCCCUUACUGCAACGGCAUUUUCAAACGGUUUAGAUGUUUCCAAUACCUUCCCUUCCUCCCUUCUUUCAAGACCAGCGAACAGGGGACUUCCUAGUAAUUAAGUUGUAUCUAACAGGGUAGCCUAAACCAUAAGGACUCAAAGUUCAUAAAAUAGAACAUUGAUUUAAACACAUUUUUUUAAUUCCCAUCACAAUGUUGAGGUCCGGUGUUCCCUUAAAGUUGGAAUUCAACA